AAAUUUCGACAACUAUCCCAAGUAAACGUUUUCACUUGCAAUAUAUAAACCAUCACGUCAGUCGCAGAUUAAUCUCAUAGUUAUACCAAGAAUUUCGUAUUUAGUUUGAGACUUUCAAGGCGAUACGGAUUUGCUUUUAAACAUAUUUCAAUUUCCCGUCAAUGUCAUAUUAAAUUAUUACUGUAUUCGUUUCAAAUUUAUCGAUUGAAAUUAAAAUGUCCAGCAGUAGUUCAUCUUAUUUUCAAACAACGUACAGCCAGGACGAACGUAUCAAACACCAAUUGAAAAUAUCACGACAAAAAGAAGACCUAGAAGAAUCUGAAAUAGAACUAUAUAGAGAACGAUAUUUCAAUUAUAUAUUCACGUCGAAAUCACACGACAUUUUUAAAUUGAAAGGUCUCCAUUUCGUCUACGUCACUCACGUUAAAAUCAAAUUUUAUUACAAACCCAGCGAAUUGGUGGAAUACGUAAAUUCGAACGUUAAAUUUUAUUGUCGAUUGAUGUAUCAUAAAAAAUAUCGUUGGUGGAGUUUAAAAAGUGAUUCUUUUCCCGCCAAUUACAAAUUACGGAUAUAUUCUUUAUUUAAUACCGAUAUUUACGUUAACGACGAAGAAAUAUGGGAAAACAUUUUUAGAAUUUAUAAAAUAUUAGUUAAAUGGUCUGAACAAGAACAAGUGUAUAGAAUUGAAAAAUAUCAGAAAUAUCGAAGAGGUUUAUUGGAAGAUUUGGAUUUGGACGCCGACGAUUUGGAAAUAUUUUUUGACGAACACCAAAAACGUGAAUUUAUGGCGAAACGAAUAUCGAUUCUUAAAAGAAUGAUUGUACCUAAAAGACGGAGAGGUCAUCGUAAACGAAUUCGAAUAUCUCCUAAAGAUAAUUCGAAUGAUUCGUUCGAUUAUUCGAUUUAAAUAAAUCGUAGUUUCUUUAUUGGAUGUUCGUAUUGAUAAUUAUACGUAAUAGUACGGGGGUGAAAUAAUAAAUAUGUUAAUGAGACCAUCAAAAAUAAACUUUUGUUACUGUGAACAAGUAAUAGGGGCGCGCAGUUUAAACCCUGCAUAACUUUAAAACUAAGGGUUGAAAACAUAAUUUGAAGUAGUCAAAAUAUUCGUAUUGAUUAGCACUUUAAACUACUAUAAGAUGUAUUUCGUUUUUUUAAAUUUAUAUGCCUUUAAAACACUUAUAAACAAAUUACGGUACUUUUUUUUCAUGAACAUUUGUACAUUCAAACUUCUGUAACUUCUUAACGGAUAAUAUUUAAAAGGUGUAGUACAUCUCAUUUUGAAGCUUAAACGUUAACGUUUAAAAUGAGCUGCUUUAAAUCAUUCUACUUCAUGUAGGAACCAAGUAAUGACCGAUAAAGUGAAAAAAAACGUCAAUUUUUGGAAAAAUUUUGUAUAAUAUUGACGAUAACUUUUCAAAUAUUGAUUUUUUGAAAAAACUGUGGAAACCUUUAUUGUAGAUCUUUUUGAAACGAAUCUUUUUUAUUCAAAACUUUUUUUCAUAUCUCUUCUUGUUUAAAAGUUAUAGCUUUAUAAAUAAUUACAUUGUUUAUAACAAAUUAGAUUCGAGCUCGGGGCAACCAAAAAAUACCGUACUAUAUAUUGAUAUUUCAAUUUCAAUAUAUUUUCACGUAAAAUUAUAACUUUUUGUUAAUUAUUUAUUUACUUUUCCAGAUUUAAUAUAUAUUUCUACAUAUUGAUGUUUAUAAAUAUUCGACUGAUACAUUGUGAUUAUUCUAUUUAUUGUAAGUUAUUCAUUAUUUAUUAUAAAAUAUGUAUAUCGUUGUUGUUAAUUAAAUAUAAUUAUAUUAUAUUAUCACUUUAUUAGACCUAAUUAAAUAAACUGGAAAAACAAA